GGAGAGAAUCGCUUUUCGCACUUCCACAAAGCUAUUCCUUGUUUGACAUUCUUCUUCUUCUUCUUCUUCUUCUUCUUCUUCAUGUUCGGAUGCAUCCAUCCAUAUAAUAUAUGCAGAGAGAGAGAGAGAGAGAGAGAGAGCAAACUUGGAUUCUUUGAAGGCUUCGAGAUCGCAAUCAUGUCGCUGAGCGUUCCUCGACAAACAACCGACGCCAACAGGAACUUCCAGCUGUACUGGUGCUAUCACUGCCACCGGACGGUCAGGUUGGCCCCCCAGAACCCGUCCGAGAUCAUCUGUCCCCGUUGCUUCGGUGAGUUCCUUUACGAGAUCGACCUUGUCAGGCCCGAUCCCCUCCUCGAGUUCACUCAAUUCGAUCCCUCCCCAGAAGCCCGCUUUCUCGAAGUCCUAUCUAUCAUGUUGGAUCCCCUGACCCGCACGAGAAAUCGAGUCCUUGACACGAGAGAAGAUCAUCCUUUAAUAGACGCAAGAUUCCGUGCGCCAAGGCGGCGAAAUCGUUUAUCUGAUGAGAGAGCGGAAGGCGGCAGCCGGGGCUGGCAGUGGCCGUGGCACCGAAACCGGGUUUUCGACUUAACGGACGAUGAAUGGACGCCGGAAAGCGGGAUUCUGGCCCGCCCCAGGCGCUGGAUUUUGGUGCCAGGCGGACGAAAUGCCGAGCAGGAAAACUUGAUGCCUUCAGGGGUCAAUCCUCGGGAUUACUUUGCAGGGCCAGGGCUAAGCGAGCUGAUUGAACAACUGACUCAAAAUGACAGACAGGGUCCUGCCCCAGCGCCAGACUCCGCCAUAAACGCUCUUCCCACCGUGAAGAUCACGCCGAACCAUCUGGCUAGCGAUUCGCUUUGCCCGGUUUGCAAGGAGGAGUUCGAAGUUGGUGGGGAAGCGAGGGAGCUUCCUUGCAACCACAUAUAUCAUUCUGAUUGCAUUGUUCCAUGGUUGAGGCUUCACAAUUCUUGCCCAGUAUGCCGCCACGAGGUGCAGGUGGCGGUCAACGUCGGAGCUCGGGCUGAGUCGUCUGAUGAUGACGGUAGGAACAGGCGGUGCAUGAGGCUGAGACAACUGGCUUCUUUGUGGCCCUUUCGCUCGAGGUAUCGACCACCCAACCAUGGAGCUGAUGGAUCGAGAUCUUGCCUUAUUCUAUAGCUGGUAAUGUUGCAGUAAACGCUCGAACAUGUUAUUCUUAUCAGCUAAUUAUCAGUGGCUAGUUGAAGUUCAAGCACGGUAUAUGGGAUGGGAUGGGAUGGUAUGGUAUGGUAUGUCAGUUUCUCUAUGCUGCUAAUGGUAAAUGCGUUACAACCCUCGAAUGAUUUUGCUGAAUUCCUCAGAAACUUUUGGUUUCUUUUUCUGCAUGAUGCAGGGUUUUAGAGGAUUCAAGUCUCCACAGGGGAUGCCGCAAGUUCUUCCUUGUACGAGGAUAAUCUAUUGCUAUAAGCCUCUUCGGCUAUUUGGUGUACAUGACGUCUGAAAUAAAAAAAACCCUCAAAGAAAACAAACUAAAAACAAAGAGAGACAGUUAUAUGGGCCAAACUGCAGAAGCUGUAUAUAGUUC